AGGCUGAAAGGGAGAGGGUGGUGGGUGGGGCCUGGGCUGAUAUCUAAUGAAAAUUUAAACCCCAGCUAUGGCUAUUACAAAGAAAAGAAAAGUGGCUGAUGAUAAGCAUGUAGCUCCAAAGGACAAUGUAUAUAAAAAUAUGCAAGAAUCAAAGGAAACCCACGUAUCCAAUCACCUGGAUGAAAUUGUUGCUGCUGUCAGCAUUACACCUAGAAAGAAGAUCCAAAACAAGCUGCCUCAGACAGCACUCUUCCAGCCUCCUCGAGAGAAACUCCACCUCUGUGAAGAGAAAGCGAAGUCUUAUUCUAGCAGUCACAAAUAUGAACAGGCUGUCCGCGAGCUUGUACGCUGCAUGGCGCUGACGAGAAUUUGCUAUGGUGACUCACACUGGAAACUAGCAGAGGCACAUGUUAAUCUGGCCCAAGGCUACCUCCAGCUGAAAGGACUGUCCCUGCAAGCAGAACAACAUGCAGAAAAAGCCAAAGAAAUCCUCACCAACUCCAUCGUGCCUCCCUAUAACGACAAUACAGAUGUUUUCAAGUGUUCGAUUGAGCUAUUCCAUACCAUGGGGAGAGCCUUACUCUCCCUUCAAAAGUUUAAAGAAGCUUCCGAGAAUUUGACAAAGGCAGAGACACUUGCAAAGGAGCUGCUGCAAUGUGGAAGGAUUGUAAAGGAGGAAUGGAUAGAAAUUCAAGCACGGAUCAAAUUGUCAUUUGCACAGAUGUAUCAAAGUCAGAAGAAAUCAAAAGAAGCCCUGCCCCACUAUCAAGAGGCUUUAGAAUACACUGAGAUCAGUCGAGGUGAAAAAAGUCUUGAAUGUGUACCAAUAUUGAAGGAAUUGGCAGGUGUAGAGCGAGCCCUGGGAGUUCAUGACGCAUCCAUCAACCAUUUUCUACAGGCGCAUCACAUCGUGCUGAGCAGAAACCCCUCUCAAGAAGAGGCAGCAGUCUCUGCACAUUUGGUCGCCCGCGCUGCCGUCGCUUCCGGGGGGAUUGAACACCACGAUGUGGCCAAGCAGUAUUUUCAAGAGAGCAUGGCUAAUCUUAAGGAUGCUGAAGGGAUGGGAAAAGCCAAAUUUCUUUCAAUUCAAGAUGAUUAUUGCCAUUUUCUACAAGUCACCGGACAAAAAGAGAGAGCAAUCUCCAUCCUGAGAGAGUCCCUGGAAGCCAAAGUGGCAGUGUUUGGUGACCUCAGCCCGGAGGUGGCAGAGACAUACCGGCUGUUAGGUGGGGCCGACCUGGCACAGGGGAACCAGAGUGGGGCCCACAAGAAACUAAAGAAGUUGUCCUGGAGAAAGAUGGUGGUAGCUUGCUCCAAGACAGUGGCCAGGGGCUGGAGCAAGGUCAUGGGGGAGUCGAGGGAUGCCGAUAAGGAUGUAGAACCCACAGCACGUGGCAACUCAGAGGAAUGACUGCUAAGGGAAGCAGUGCACAGCGAGCAGCACUCUUGCGGCUACCGAACCUGCCUGGAUUUUGAGGGCGAGGCUUCGUGACAUGGCACCCACCACGAAGCGUCCUUACCAGAGGUGUCAGUUGCUGACAGAUCCCUGGAGCCCUGUGGUCCAACCGUGUCUUCAGGCUCCGUAUAAGAACGUCCUCAGUUGAACUGUUUGUCCUCUUGUUUGAUCGUUCAUUCAUCUAGCAAAUAUCGCCCCUACUCACGUGCCAAGGAAUGUUCUGGAACCUGGGGCACGAAGGCGAGCAACACAAAUGUGGCCCCUCUGGGGACAGCUUGCAGGCCAGUGUGGAAGCGGGUGCUACCUCUUGUCUUUCUGCAGGGGGUGGAAAGCUUCUUGUUUGGUAUUUAAGGAAUAAUAGAAACACAAAUGACUUCUCCCAACCCCUGCAGAUAAAAUCAAAGAGCGUAACAGCAAUAUAACAGUUCCCCAAAAUUCAUCUGGAUCCUGGAAAUUCCAGGGUUUUUGUUCACUUAGAGAAAAAUAAGAAGCACCCUGUACAGGCUGGUUUCAAAUACGAGUGCACUGGCCUUGGAAGAAGAAUCUGGAGAGCACAAAAUACCUUUUAUUUAUGCUAUAGAAUAUUCCACCACCGGGAUUUGGGAUUCUUCACUUAGUUCAGAGAGUUGUUUAAAAUGCCGGGCUCCCAGUAGGUUCAAAUAACAUUUAUUGACUUUGUCUCUGACAGUGUCCAUAUUUUUAACAAAAGAAUCGAAAUAACCUGUUUCACACAAAAAUGCUUAAGCAAAUUUAGCUAAGAGCAGUAGAGCACUGAAAAAUUCAAUUUAUGUUUCUUAGGUAAAUACACAGCUAUGUAAAACAUUUCCUAGUAAGGUCAGUAAGGGGGUUAUUUCACUAUUUAAAAUUUUCUGAAUCAGGCUCCU